AGCCCGGACCCGGCGUGUCAGCAGCAGCGAGCUGGAUUUGCACUCGGCAACAAAAGAGCUAAUUUUAAACAGUUUGCGAAACUUUGUCGAGGACAGUAUUUCGGGGGGACUUUAUCACAGUGAUGACACCAAUGAGGAAGAGGAAGGAGGUGGUGAAGAAGAUGAUGAUGAUGAUGAUGACGUUGACGUCAUGCAGUUAGCUGGACUUCAGCCCCGCAGAUAGAACCGGAUCCGGGACAGAAAGAGACACCAUGCCGCGGAGGAAACAGUCCAACCCGCAGCCGGUCAAAUUGGAUUCUGAGGACGGGGAGGGGGUGUGUGAGCCCGGCUGCCUCGUUCUGGAGAGCGACUUCCUGCUGAGCGGGGAGCUGGAGUUUGGAGACUCUGACAUUAUGGGGCUGGAUAGAGAGUCCGGCAUGACGGUGUUUUCUCUGAGCGUGGAGGAGGAUCCCUCGGCUCCGACAGACUCCACCUUCCCAGCGUUCCUCUCCUGUCGAGGCUGUGGUCAGCUGCUGGGAGACACUCCUCUGGGAGCAGGGUUGGAUCUAGGUGUGGGUCUGGACCUGGGGGCGGAGCUCUACUGUCUCACCUGUGAUGGCCUGCAGCAGGGCGCCUCCUCUCAGGUGGAGGAGUCGAGCGGGGACUCGGACAGUAAGAGGAGGAAGGCGACGGAGGACGCUCCCAAACUGUUCUCCUGCUCGCUGUGCACCUUCACCUCGCGCUACUCCAACCACCUGAAGCGCCACAUGAGGACGCACGACGGCCACAAGCCCUACCGCUGCCCCGUGUGCGACUACGCCUCGGCUCAGCUGGUGAAUCUGCAGCGACACGCCCGCACACACACCGGGGAGAAACCCUACCGCUGCCCCGUCUGCGAGUACGCAUGCAGCUCGCUGGGGAACCUGCGCAGGCACCAGCGCAUGCACAACCAGGAGAGGAAGGAGAAGAGGGAGAAGGAGAAGAGGAGAGGCCGCAGGAAAAAGGCUGAAAGUGAACAAGUGAUCUCAGAGCUGACGUUCCUCCAGACGUUGGGAGGUCUGGGCUCUCCCUCCGCCCCGCUCCCAGUGCUUCUUUUCCCCCUGUGCUGCCAGAUGUGUGGCCUCACCCUGGAGGAGUCUGACCUGGAGGGGGACAAAGCUGAGGGCGACGGGGAGGGCGACGCAGCACAGGUGUGUCGUCGCUGCUCGCUGCUCUCCAAAGACUCCUCGGGGUCUCGUGGUCGCUCUCGAGGCUCCAAGCUGUACGGCUGCCCUCACUGCCCCUUCCUCUCUCACUACCCCAACCACCUGGCCCGCCACGCACACACACACUCCUCGGAGAAGCCCCACCGCUGCCCCCACUGCUCCUACACCUCCUCGCACCCCGACAACCUGAAGAGGCACCUGCGCGUUCACACGGGAGAGAAACCGUACGAGUGCCCGUCCUGCAGCUACGCCUGCGGGAACCUGGCCAACCUGCGGAGGCACGAGAGGAUCCACUCGGGAGCAAAACCUUUUCACUGCGGGGUGUGCGGAUACUCCUGCAACCAGAGCAUGAACCUGAAGAGGCACAUGCUGCGGCACACGGGAGAGAAACCCUACGCCUGCGCAGAGUGUGACUACACCACGGGACACUGGGACAACUACAAGAGACACCAGAGGAAACACGGACACAACACGGACAGCUGGGACAAACACACACCUGGAGACAGUCUCCGCUGGGGAGGAGAGGCCGGAGAGGAACACAGAGAGAGAGAGUGUGUGUGAGAGGAAGUGUGUGUGUGUGUGUGUG